GGAAAACGGAAAAAAGCCGAGCCUGGAAUCAUAAAUGAAAACAAAUGGAGAACGAGUGAGGCUGCUGAAGAAAGCUCCGUGAAGGUCAUGGAAAAGCCCUCGACCACUGUACCGGAACCAGCGCAACGGAUCGCCGGUCGAAUGCAGCGAAAGUGCCGGAACACGAUCCAAUGCGAGAAUCAAGAAGACAGAAAAGAAGAUUAA